AUGACUUCAGCUGCCAAACAGGCCGCCCGUGCCGCUCUUCCUUCUACAGAUCGCGAGUCUUUUGCUGCUCAUUUAAAAACAUGUCGGCGUAUCGUCGCUUUGGUGGGCGCUGGUCUCUCCGCUGCCUCGGGUCUACCGACUUUCCGCGGCGCUGGAGGACUAUGGCGUACCCACGAUGCAACCGAUCUAGCGACUCCAGAAGCCUUUGAAGAAAACCCGGACCUAGUCUGGCAGUUCUAUAGCUUUCGUCGACAUAUGGCGUUGAAAGCAGCCCCGAAUAAAGGUCAUUAUGCGUUGGCGGAGUUGUCACGAAAGAACAGAGACUUUAUUACCCUCUCUCAGAAUGUUGACGGUCUAUCGCAGCGAGCACAACACCCGUCUGAACAACUACAUCUACUUCACGGCUCACUGUUCGAUAUCAAAUGCACCGACUUCUACUGCAAAUAUACCCGCCAGGACUUUACUGACCCUAUUGUUCCUGCUUUGGCAAUUCCUAAAAAGUCAUCGCCCAAGAAUACUGAACAGAAAGAAGACAAGGUGGUUGCACAGCAAACGGAUGAAUCAGAGGACGAUUCAGAAAAGGAGGUUCAAGAGGAGCAGAAAGUGAGAGAUGAGAAGAAGGAGGUGGGUGAUGAAAAUAAGGAGUGCAAGGAAGAGAACAAAGAUGAGUCCGACGAAGAGAUUGACAUCUCCGACAUCAGCAAUCAUAUCCCCAACCUCUCGGAUGAAGAGCUGCCCCAAUGCCCUGAAUGCAACGGUCUUCUCCGACCCGGAGUAGUCUGGUUUGGAGAGCCCUUGCCCACUACUACAUUGGAAACGGUGGAGGAAUGGAUGAGCUCCGAGCCCAUCGACCUGAUGCUCGUAAUUGGUACGAGCUCUCAAGUCUACCCCGCUGCAGGCUACGUUGAUGAUGCCCGUGACAAGGGAGCACGAGUUGCCGUGAUCAACAUGGAGCCCUACUCCCCCCGAAAGUCGCGAGCGGAGCCGCUGAAAGAAACUGAUUGGUUUUUCGAGGGUGAUGCGAGUGUCAUUCUACCGGAUAUAUUGAAGAGUGUGAUUGGCGAGAUUUGA